AACCCUGACCCCCACCGCCGCGGCGACCACCACCACCCACCACUUGACCGUCGCCAACACCGCCGCACGCACACGAGCGCCAGCACGAACCACCGGACCGAGGCAGAGAUGGUGUCCGCCUCCUCCUCCUGGGUCAUCCUGGGCAGCGUGCCGCGGGUGACGGCGGCGGACGCCGACCUCCCUCCGGGCGCCGACCUCUCCCUCGCGCUGCCGCCGCCGCCGCGCGUCGCGCUCCUCACCAUCCCGCCGCGCAUCUUCCCGGGCCGCACCGCCUCGGACAACUACCCGUCCAUCGUCGCCGCCGACCCCACUGGCCUCCUCCUCCUCCACGCCGACCAGGGCCGCGCCACGGGCCCGACAGUCAUCCACACCCCCCACCAUAAGGAGUUCGCCUGGCGCUCGUUCGUCGCGGGCUACUUCGUGCUCGACGCCACCACCGCCUCCGCGCUUCCGCUCCCCAAGCCCGAGCUCAUCAUGCACCUGGGCCACCUCGGCCUCAUCUCCUCCCCGGGGGGUGGCGGCCACUACAUGGUCGUCGAGCUCCAGCCCAUCCUCGGCCGUCAGGAGGGCACGCUCCUGCGCUUCUCGUCCGACGUCGGAGAGUGGGUCAGCAAGGGCAUCCACAUCCCGCUGCCUUUCCGGAUGCUGGCCCCCAACGGCGUCGUCUCCUACUACGGGAGGCUCUGGUGGGUCGACCUCUCCUGGUGCCUCCUCACCUGCGACCCCUUCCAGGACGCGCCGGUGCUCAGGGCCGUCCCGCUACCGCCGGGCAAGGUGCUCAAGUGCAGGGAGGGCUGGGGACUCCUCGACAAGUACCGCUGCGUGCGUGUCAGCGGCGGCAAGCUGCGGUUUUUGGACAUGUACCGGAACCGUGACAGCCGCGGCUCUGCACAGAUCAGCGUCUGGACGCUCGCCGAUCCGGACACCACGGAGUGGACGCUCGAGUACGAGGCCGCCUUCACGGAGAUCUGGGACGACGCGAGCUACAAGGCGACUGGUCUGCCAAGGAAGAUCCCGGUGCUUGGGCUCAUCCACCCCACCAACCCUGACGUGGUCUACUUCUUCCUCGACGAGCAUCUGCUCGGUGUCGACGUGCGUGCUCGCAAGGUUGUGGAGUGUGAGGUCUACGAGCUGGUUGCGCCGCCUAGCGAGCACGUCGCCACCCGCUUCAUUCACGCUUGGCAGCUGCCACGGGCUCUCUGCUCAGGUUCUGCAAGUGCAAAGGAGACUGAAGAUGGCGUGAAUGAAGAGUUGCAGCAACUCCAUCUCUAAGAGGAGACUGAGGAAUGAGAACCAGUGUAGAGGGAGUAAUACAUCAAGUUAUCAGGUGGCUAUGGCGUCUUUUCGACAGCACUUGACUCAACGAAACCGGCAACAGCAUGAAACUUUUUGCUUGUUUUUCUUGUCACUGUUUAAGUUCAGAUGCUACCAAGUGCUGGCCUUUAUAAUUUGGCGCAAUGUUUGAAAACUUGAUCUACCGUCUUGGCUCAGAACAGAAUGAUUAUCUGUGUCAGUAAGACAGUGAGCCCUUGUUAUGUCUCUUGUUAUCUUUGUCAACCCAUGCUCCUCCAUGGUUCGAAAAAUAUGCUUUUGAUGGAUCGAAAAA